CGCCAUCCUCUGACUUGACUUCUCCGAUCUGUCGCCGCCGCCGGCUAGCAAUGGAGUCCGCCGCCGUCGCCGUCGUGACGGUGCCGUUCCCGGCGCAGGGGCACCUGAACCAGCUCCUGCACCUGUCCAUGCUGCUCGCGUCGCGGGGGCUCGCGGUGCACUACGCCGCGCCGGAGCCGCACCUCCGGGAGGCCCGUGCGCGGGUGCACGGCCGGGACGCCGGGGCGCUCAUCGCCGUCCGCUUCCACGCGCUCAACAUCCCCGGCGGGUACGCCUCCCCUCCCCCCGACCCCUCGUGCCCGUUCCCGGCCCACAUGAUGCCCCUCCUCGAGGCCUUCUGCGGCGGCGCCCGGGCCCCGCUCGCCGCGCUCCUCGAGGAGCUCUCCGCGUCCCACCGCCGCGUCGUCGUCCUGCACGACCGGAUGGCGGCGUUCGCGGCGGUGGAGGCCGCGCGGCUCCCCAACUGCGAGGCGUUCGGGGUGCACUGCCUCGCCGCGUCGUACAACGUCGGGUGGGCGUACCCCGGCCACCGCCUGCUGGUUGAGCACGGCCUCGUCUUCCACCCGCCCGACGCCUGCGCGAGCAGGGAGUUCGUGGCGCUCGCCAAGCGGAUGGGCCAGGAGCGCAGGCGCGCGGCCAUCGCCGGCAUGGUCGUCAACACCUGCCGCGAGCUGGAGGGCGAGUUCCUCGACGUGCUCACGCAGAUCCCGUCCUCCGAUGGCCACAAGCUGUUCGCCGUUGGGCCUCUGAGCCCGGUGCUCCCCGACACGCGCGCACGGGCGCCGCCGGAGGAGCACGCGCCCCCGCGGCACGAGUGCCUGAGCUGGCUCGACAAGCAGCCGCCGUCGUCGGUGCUGUACAUGUCGUUCGGCACGACGUCGACGCUCCGCGGCGAGCAGAUCAGGGAGCUGGCCGCGGCGGUGCGCGGCAGCAACCAGCGGUUCAUCUGGGUGCUGCGAGACGCCGACCGCGCGGACAUGGACACGCGCGAGGAGGCCGUGCUCGGCGCGCGCCGCCUCGCGGAGGCGACGGCCGAGCUCGGGGAGGCGAUAGCCCGAGGGACGGGCAUGGUGGUCACCGGGUGGGCGCCGCAGCUGGAGAUCCUGGCGCACGGCGCGACGGCGGCGUUCAUGAGCCACUGCGGGUGGAACUCCGUCAUGGAGAGCCUGAGCCACGGGAAGCCCGUAUUGGCGUGGCCGAUGCACAGCGACCAGCCAUGGGACGCCGAACUGGUGUGCAAGUACCUCGCCGCCGGCGUCCUCGUGCGGCCGUGGGAGAACCGGUACGACGUCACACCGGCGGCCGCGAUACGCGAGGCGAUCGAGAGGGCGAUGGUGUCGGAGGACGGGGCGGCGUUGCGCGCGAGGGCGACGGCGAUCGGGGAGGCCGUCCGCGCCGCCGUGGGCGAGGGCGGGUCGUCGCGCCGGGAGUUGGACGAGCUCGUCGCCUACCUGACGAGGUGAUCGCCGGCGCCCGGCGCGGCAGUUGAGCUGCAUGCCGCUGUUCGCGGCAAAAGAUUGCUGCUUCAUUAGAUCACUAUCUUGCUGCUUCAUUGGAAUCAUCCAGUACUUGCAUGUAAGCUAAAUUUGGCUCCAUUUGACAAAUAAUUACUGUCCUGUUGGUUCUCAUCACACUGUAAGCAAUUUUGUUUUUAAUUUUGCUGGACAUUCUGAUAAUUUGCUCUUGCAAUGGGUCGAACCAAUAACAUGUACGACCUCCCUUUGAGUUUACUGAAGAUCCAAAAAAUUGUUUUGAACA